AUGGGUAUUCCAAAGUUUUUUCGGUACAUCUCUGAGAGAUGGCCGAUGAUAUCUGAGCCAAUAGAAGACAGCCAAAUUGCCGAGUUUGAUAACCUGUAUCUGGACAUGAACUCAAUUCUUCAUAAUUGUACACAUAGUAACGAUGGAUCAGUUGAUUUAAUGAAAGAAGAAGAGAUGUUCAGUGCUAUUUUUGCUUACAUUGAACAUCUUUUCACUUUGAUCAAACCUGGAAAGACGUUUUUCAUGGCCAUUGAUGGUGUUGCUCCUAGAGCAAAGAUGAACCAGCAACGAUCUAGAAGAUUCAGGACGGCCAUUGAGGCAGAAAAAAGUGUAGAGAUAGCCCAAAAGAAUGGACUCAUUACUAGCAAAGACGAGAAUUUUGACAGUAACUGUAUCACUCCUGGAACGGAGUUUAUGGCCAAGGUUACCACUAACUUGAAGUUUUUCAUCCACCAGAAAAUCUCUUCAGAUGCAAAAUGGCAGAAAGUCCAGGUUAUUCUCAGUGGACAUGAAGUCCCCGGAGAAGGAGAGCACAAAAUUAUGGACUAUAUUCGUUUUUUGAAGGCUCAAGAGGGGUAUGAUCCGAAUACGAGACAUUGUAUUUACGGGCUGGAUGCAGACUUGAUCAUGUUGGGAUUGGUCAUUCACGAUCCUCAUUUUGCCAUCUUGAGAGAAGAGGUUGUGUUCGGAAGAGGAUCCAAGGCCUCGUCAACAGAUGUGUCAGAACAGCAAUUCUACCUUCUACAUCUCUCCUUGUUACGUGAAUACCUUGCUCUUGAGUUCAAAGAUUUAGAAGACCAGAUAAAGUUUGAUUAUGACUUAGAGAGAAUCUUGGACGAUUUUAUUUUUAUCAUGUAUGUUAUUGGAAAUGAUUUCUUACCCAACUUACCUGACUUGCAUAUCAACAAAGGUGCCUUCCCCAGACUCUUAGCAACGAUCAAAGAAACCAUGAUAGAUUCGGAUGGAUAUCUCCAAGAAGGAGGUGUCAUCAAUAUGGAACGAUUCGGUCUGUGGCUUGACCACUUGUCACAAUUUGAGCUUCAAAAUUUUGAGCAGGUCGACGUGGAUGUAGAAUGGUUUAACAAGCAGCUAGAGAACAUAUCCCUAGAUGGUGAGCGAAAGAGGGAAAGAGCUGGAAGAAAGUUGUUGCUUAGACGUCAACAGGAAUUAAUUUCAAAACUUAGACCAUGGAUUCUCGAGUUUUAUUCAUCAAGAGACAAUAUAUAUUCUGCUCAUGAUGAUGACUCCUUAAUUCCAACUUUGCAAUUGGACACCGAAUUGAUGGAAGAAGAAAUCAAGUUACCCUUCAUAAAGCAGUUUGCACUUGAUGUUGGUUUCUUUAUUGUGCACAGCAAAUCUCAGAAUACGUACCAUGCUAAGAUAGACAUUGAUGGUAUAAAUGUCAAUGAAUCUGAUGAAGAAUUUGAAGCUCGUGUCUUGUAUAUCAGGAAGAAGAUCAAAGAAUAUGAAAACUCAAUUUUUGUUGAAGAUGAAAACACUUUAGAGGAACAAAAGAACAUUUAUGAUACCAAGUUCGUCAACUGGAAAAACAAAUAUUACAAAGAAAAGUUUGGAUUUACUCUUUCUGACACAGAGGACAUUUUGAAGUUGACGGAGUCGUAUAUUCAGGGUCUUCAAUGGGUUUUGUUCUACUAUUAUCGAGGAGUUCCUUCUUGGCAAUGGUACUAUCCUUAUUACUAUGCUCCUAGAAUCUCUGACAUCAAAUUAGGGAUUAAGGCUUGCCUGGAGUUUGACAAAGGUACACCGUUCAAGCCAUUUGAACAAUUAAUGGCUGUCCUUCCUGCAAGAUCAAAACAGUUAGUUCCUGCUUGUUAUAGACCGUUGAUGACCGAUCCAAACUCUCCCAUUAUUGAAUUUUACCCUGAUGAGGUUGAAAUUGACAAGAAUGGAAAGACUGCCUCUUGGGAGGCUGUUGUUAAAAUCAACUUUGUCGAUGAAAAACGACUAUUAGAGGCACUGGAACCGUAUAAUAGUAAGUUGAAUGCUGAAGAACGUCAAAGAAACUCUUUGGGCACGAAUAUCGAGUUUAGCUAUCAUCCUCAAGUGAAUCAAGUUCAUUCUUCCCCAAUUCCAACAAUAUUCCCAGAUAUCACUGAGGAUCACUGCUACGAAAUAGUGGUCGAAUUUGACAAGCUGCACUCUUCAACUUAUGCUAAACCUAUGAAAGGUGCCAAACAAGGUAUAAAUCUAUUGGCUGGAUUCCCAACUUUGAAGACCAUUCCCUUCACUUCGCAGCUCAUGUUAGCGGAAUGCCAUAUUUUUAACCAGCCAACAAAAUCGGAAUCGAUGAUUCUAAGUACACAGAAUCCGUUUGAAGGACUCACUGUAGAGCAGUUUGCUGCUCAGAAUUUGGGCCAAACAAUCUAUGUCAACUGGCCUUAUUUGAAAGAGGCCAAAGUUGUUGCAGUUUCUGACGGUUUGAACGUUUUUGAGCCUGGAAACAAGUCUAUCCGAACGACUCGUAUGGAAAGCUCUGAAGUCUCAGAAUUUGCCAGUGACGUUCGCUAUAUCAGUGAGACGCUAUUCAAGAGAAAAGGUGUUUUACUGGUGAACUACACUGAGGAAGAGUUGCAAGGAACACCUGAGCCUCGUAGAUCCCCUCACAAUGACGAUGCGAUCCAAGGAAUUGUGUUUGUAAAGAAAGUGAAUGGUGUUAUUCGCACUAGAUCGGGUGCCUAUGUGAAGACAUACAGUGACAAGAUUGAGAAAUACCCUAUUAAUUUGCUUGUUGACGACGUGGUUAACAAGGAUCGUCGAUUAUUAGAAAAACCUCCUGUGCCAUUAGAAGAAGAAUUCCCAAAGGGUACUACUCUCAUAAGUUUGGGAGCUUUUGCUUACGGAACUCCUGCUACUGUUGUUGACCACCAAAAUGACUUAAUGACCGUCAGAUUCGUAAACCAGCCAAUUAAGCAUGAAUUUAACUAUGGUGAGAUUCAAGCACAAAGGGAGGCACACACCAAUGUGUAUUAUCCCUCCUUUAAAGUUGCCAAAAUCGUUGGAAUUACGGCGCUAGCCUUGUCCAGAAUAACCUCUUCCUAUAGAAUAGUUAAUGGAGCUAAGAAAACUGUUAACAUCGGAUUAGAUUUGAAGUUUGAAGGAAGAAAGUUAAAGGUUCUGGGAUACACUAAAAGAAACGAGAAACAUUGGUCAUACAGCGCUUUGGCUGUAAACUUGCUGCAACAAUAUCAGAAACGUUUCCCAUCUGUUUUUAAGAUAAUUUCUCUCCGAAAUGAUUCUUCAAUUCCUGAAGCCAAAGAACUGUUUCCUCAAGUCCCCGCUAGCCAAGUGGAUGAAAAAGUCAAUGAACUUGUGGCUUGGGUUAAAGAACAAAAGAAAAGCUUUGUUGUUGCAACAUUGGAGUCUGAGUCUUUGACCAAGGUUAGUAUCGGAAAGAUUGAACAGGAAGUGAUUAAGUUUGUUUCAAAACCACAUGAACAUAUUCCCCAAAAGGGUUUGAAAGGAGUUCCUCGUGAGGCUACUCUGGAUAUCAGCAACUCUUCUCAAUUUCUUUCCAAGCAGACUUUUAAUCUAGGAGACAGAGUGAUCUACGUAGAAGAUUCUGGUAAGGUACCCAACUUCAGUAAAGGUACAGUUAUUGGGGUUCGAAGUGUCGGUACGAAAGUGACUUUGAACGUAUUGUUUGACUUGCCAUUGCUCUCUGGUAAUACCUUUGAUGGAAGACUUGCAACCCCCAGGGGUGUCACUGUUGAUAGUUCAUUGGUAUUGAACUUAACAAAGCGUCAAUUGAUUUACCACGAUAGGAAACCCGCUAAGAAAGAAGGUAAGCCUGGAGUUAAGAAGACAUCUCAGGACUCCAAAAAGCAAACAGUGAAGUUGCAGAACGGUUCAGGUAAGGCCAAACAGGCACAAGAUGCUGAACUGUCAGUCACUACGACACCUGUUCCGGUUCCUGCCGCUAACACUGCACCAGUUACUGCAUCUGUACAGGCUACCUCGGUGGUUACUGCUACCGUUCCAACUUCUAAACCUUCAAACAACUCUGAGGACGAACAUGAAUUACUUCGCUUACUGAAAGGUAACAAGGACAGUAGUGAAUCGCAAGGCUCUCAAGAGCCUCUUGCCCGGACUUCUAUCCAGCAAAUUUACGGAACGGUGUUCAAUCAAGUGUUGAGCGCUCAACCUCAGUUGCAGCCUGUCAGAGGCUUCUCAAAUCCGGUACCUGAAACCCCUGUAAAUGGAGUCCAAGCGAAUGAACAACACUCUGAUUCUACCCCUCAAAAUCAUUCUAGGGAUGAAAACCAAGGAAGAGGUCGUGGUAGAGGCAGAGGAAAUAGAAGAGGAAGAGGUCGAGGUAGAGGCAAAGGAGGACAGUAA